CGCUAAGUAAGUAAUUUUCCAACCGCAUUUCGCACCCUACUACUACUAGCAACCCACUCUUAGUAGUAGGACGCUGAAUUCCUUCCUUUCAUUCAUCCACCCUUUCUUCCAUUAUCUUUUUCCUCAUUCACGUCUAACAUACCCGCACAAUCUUAGACUCGUGCAAGCCAACCCAACUACACGUAAAUAGUAGAAGCUACUCUACUAUUUUUCGUCCUCACGCUCGCAUUAGCUCUUUGCGCCUCGUGAUAUCACUCAAGUUCCCAUUGCAUUUUCCUUGUUCACAUUUCCCUUCACACAUGGCACCUGGAUACCUUUAUCAGAACUUCACGCUCCAGGACGCGAUUGACGCUGCCGGUCCGGCACCCACGCCCGCCAUGUUCGGCUACGAGCACGCCUGCUAUGGUGAACCGUCCCCAGAAUUCUUCCAGAACAUUAAUCCUGCCACUGCCCACGCAUUCUUCUCGACUAACAAUGGUGAAACCCAAUUUCGCCAUGUUGAGAAUCCCCUUGCCUUUCGCCAGAUGGGUUAUUGGGACGCCCGAGGCAUCCAGAGCUACGCAGACCAGCUUCGUAGCAAGUUCUUUGACCGUUGCAUGUACAUUCAACCAUUGUCAUGUUAUCAAGAUAUGUACAUCUAUUUUGAUGCACACGACAUAUACCACCUCGGUGCUCAGAACCUCUGGAACGUGAUCCAUCACAUGCACUAUGAGAACCAGGUCUACGCCUUUGAGCAGGGCGACAAGACCAUUCCCUGGAUCGACGCCACCAUUCAGCAGGCACUCUACAAUCCUAGCAACCAGGAGAAGCUUCGAAGCUGGAGCUCUGACAGCGGCAAUGACAUCUUGUCGGUCUUCAGCCACGGCGAACUAGGACCGGUCCACGAUCUUGCACCGAACUAUCACGACACCAUCCGCUCAUUGAUGAUGAAUCACUGGAUGACCUUAAGUCGUGGCCAUCCGGUCGCGCCUCAGUACCAGAUUAACAGUAAGUACAUCCCACCCACUUCCAAUUGCCUAUCCAUCACAUCUGCUAACCCAUUAAUAGUGGUGGCGCUACCUUCUGCAGGAGGUUCUUAGAGAGUACCUCCUUCGCGUAGCACCGUCGAAGCACUGCCGUCGCAGAGCACCGUUCAACCACCUCCCCAGAGUAACGCCACUAA